AGGCUGCGAGCGGAGGAAAGAGGUGGAGGGAGGAGGGUCUGCCUUUUCACCUGAAGAUUACUUUGUGUGACACUUCACUCACCCAGAGAGCUGCAGAGAGGCAAGCCGAUUAGGAGAGGUGUGAGCUCCAACUCUGAGUUCUGCUUCUUUUUCCCUACUCUUCUCUACAUGAAGCUCAACCGGACUUCUCUUAUAGAAGCCAACAUGAUCAGAAUCCAGCGGAAAGAUUGAAAGAUAAGAGGAAAAAAGUGAGAAAACUGCAACAAAACGUCAGCGGCUGCAACAAGAGAAGUAGUUCUGGGCUUCCACUUCAGAGGGCGACUUAAAAGAAAUUGCCAUUAUGACACAGUAUUGCACGCUGGUGGGUGAAUCUUAAUUCCUAACUUAACGCCUGCUGCAGGAAUCAGGAAAUAACGACACGUGAAGAGGAGAAGUCUGUUCAGCAUCUCCAAGUUUCACAAUGGGGGUCCAAGUACAUCUUCUAGCCACCUUGGGCACCUUUUUGCUUCCUCUUAGCCUUUGCAUGUCGACCCUUCUGCCUCAAAGCAACCCGGGUAAACCAGCAGAGGAGGAAAACACCAGAAGCUCAGUGCUGCUGCAGAGGGUAAAACGAGGAUGGGUGUGGAAUCAAUUCUUCGUCUUAGAGGAGUACACCGGACUGGAGCCACUUUACAUUGGAAAGCUUCAUUCAGACAUGGAUAAAGGUGACGGCUCAAUCAAGUACAUCCUGACGGGCGAGGGGGCAGGCACCACCUUCACCAUCGACGACAAUACUGGAGACAUCCAUGCCAUCCAGAGGCUGGACAGGGAAGUGAAGUCGCAGUACGUUCUCCGUGCCCAGGCCAGAAACCGCCUGACAGAUAGACCUCUGGAGCCUGAAUCUGAAUUCAUAGUGAAGAUCCAGGACAUCAAUGACAACGAGCCGAAGUUCCUGGAUGGUCCCUACCAAGCAACCGUUCCAGAAAUGUCCAGAAUAGGAACGUCCAUCAUCCAGCUCACUGCAACAGAUGCCGACGACCCCACAUAUGGAAACAGCGCUCGUGUGGUGUACAGUAUCCUGGAGGGGCAGCCGUACUUCUCUGUGGAUGCAAAGACCGGUGUGGUCCGGGUGUCCUUGGCAGACAUGGACCGAGAGACCAGGGAGAACUACACCAUAGUCAUCCAGGCUAAAGACAUGGGUGGACAGCUGGGGGGGCUCGCGGGCACCACUACUGUCAACAUCACGCUGAGCGACGUCAACGACAACCCGCCCGUGUUUGACCAGAGGUUGUAUCAGAUGAGUGUGCCUGAGUCAGCCCCCGUGGGCUCUGUGGUGGGUCGUCUCUGGGCCAAGGACAGGGACACUGGGGUCAACGCUGAGAUGAAAUACAGCAUCAUUGACGGAGAUGGGAGGGACACCUUUGACAUCAGCACAGACUCCACCAACCUCUUUGGCAUCAUCACGGUGAAAAAGCCGUUAAACUUUGAGAACAAACCAAGCUACACCCUGAAGGUGGAGGGAGCCAACACCCACCUGGACCCGACCUUCCGUCACCGUGGACCCUUCAAGGACGUCACCAUUGUGCAUGUGAGUGUGGAGGACGUGGACGAACCCCCACAGUUCGACUCACCGUCGUACUACGUCGAGCUUCCAGAAGACGCAGAGAUCGGGACGGUAGUGAAGACGAUGUCGGCCCGAGAUCCAGAUGCUGCCAACAACACAGUGAGGUACUCCAUCGAAAGGACCAGUGACCCUGACAAAUUCUUUUACAUUGAAAUCACUUCCGGGGCGAUCAUGACGGUGCGUUCGCUGGACCGAGAGGAGGUGGGCUGGCACAACAUCACAGUCCUGGCCAUGGAGAUGAAUAACCCUAUGCAGAUCGCGAGCGUUUCUGUGGCUGUAAGGGUCCUGGACAUAAACGACAAUCCUCCGUCGCUCAACCAUUACUUGGAGACGUUUGUGUGUGAAAACGCCAAAGCAGGACAGCUGAUCCAGACCGUAACGGCGGUGGAUCCAGAUGAACCUCUGGGGGGGCAGCGCUUCUACUACAGCUUGGCUCCAGAGGCUGCCAACAACCCCAACUUCACGCUAAGAGACAACCAAGACAACACGGCAUGGAUCCUGACGCGCCGCGGAGGCUGGUCGCAGCAGGACCAAAUCAUCUUCUACCUGCCCAUCUUCGUGUCUGAUGGAGAGCAGCCGAUGCAGACCAGUACCAGCACUCUGACCAUUCGGGUGUGCAGUUGCGACCAAGAGGGUAACGUCAUGUCGUGCAACGCCGAGGCCUACAGCCUGCCUGCCAGCCUCAGCAAAGGAGCGCUCAUUGCUAUACUGGCCUGCAUCUUCGUUCUACUUGUGAUGAUUCUUCUCAUGCUUUCCCUGCGCACCCAUCGUAAAAAGCCCUACCUCUGUGACGAGGAGGAAAACGUGCACGAGAAUAUUGUGCGCUAUGACGAUGAAGGCGGCGGUGAGGAGGACACAGAGGCUUUUGACAUUGCCGCAAUGUGGAACCCCCGAGAGGUGCACCACCCUCUGGGUAAGAUGAGGCAAGACAUGAUGCCGGAGAUUGAGAGCCUGUCCCGUUACGUCCCUCAGCCGUGUGUCAUUGGCGUGGGCGGCGGUGGGGACAGCAACGUUCAUGGGUACGUGCUGGCAAAGCUCCUGGAGGCCGACCUGGACCCGUGCGCCCCGCCAUACGACUCCCUGCAGACCUACGCCUACGAAGGAGAAGGUUCAGUGGCAGAGUCCCUAAGCUCACUGCAGUCGGGAACAUCUAAUGCAGAUCACGAGUACGACUACCUGAACGACUGGGGGCCACGCUUCAAAAAACUUGCAGAGAUGUACGGAGUGCUUGAGACAAACACCCCACCGAUGUGGUAGAAGAAGAAGGAGAAAGGCAAAAACACAAACAAGAAGUGACAGACAAAGCUGGGAUGUGCCCGUUUUCUACAUCCGAAGGCUGGAUUAUUAGCGGUCUUGAAGGCCUUCAUUCCUGCAGGAGCAGUCUGAGCUGGUUUUAAAUCUUCUUCAGAGACGGGCUGGAUUUUUGAGCCUCAUGGGGCCUCAUGGAGAAACAGCUUCAAAGCACAUGUUUCCCAACCCCCUCCUCCGUUCUGAACCAGCCAGAGGCAGAGCCCCAUCGUUUCAAAGUGUUUGAGCUUGAGAUGAAAACUCCUGGCACCACAGGACAGAUGUUUGUGCUGUUACACUACGAGAAAGUGAGUGUUUUGAUGUGUAUUUGGUCCUAAUUUACUUAUUUGUUUCAAGUUUUGUAUUUAUGUUUUAAUUUAUUCGGGUUCUUCAACCAGCACUGUGCGUAAUAGGAGGAAACCUCAAAACGAUUAUGUAUGUUGUAACUUACAAAACAUGGUGUAGCCACCUUUUGUUUGUGAGACCAGAGCUUUCGAUGCUUUAAGAGUCUCAUCACAUGCAAGAGAUAAAGCUGUAUUCUAUGUGAGUCUUCAAUGUGUUUAUUGUGAUAUUUUUUGUCAUUUUUCAGCUCUUUGUAUUAUGAUUUUUUCUUGAAAACAUAAAGUUAACCAUAGAUCUUGCAAUGAGGCAGGAUGAAGGCUUAUCUCAACAGAAAUCUGGAUGGGGGAUGAUCCGCACACGGAACGAGCACACGACCAAGUCGCCUUUUUUAUUUCCGAUCCCACCGCCGUGCCAAACGGAGUCUGACAGCGGAGAGGCUCCAUCUGUCCUGUUUGAGAUACAUGUCGCUUUUAUCUGGUGUAACCUUCCAACCAUUUGGACUGCAGGGACACCGAUAACCCUGCAAUAAGUGCCAAAUGUAAAAAGAACAAAAAGUACUUUUAAGAUGAAAAAAACAAAAAAAAACAGGACAAAGAAACACCAAAACACAAAAAGGAUGUAAGAAAGAUGUAAAAAGUGCUUUUUGAUAAUUAAAUUGGGCGGAUUUACUUGAAUCCAAUGUGGUCAGUCAUACUGCACUAAGUGGUAUGUGAAUGUAGAUACUUUUUGUAUUCUUGUUAAUAAAAACUUUGUAAAAAAUA